UGGGCUGAACCGUUUGGAAUGGAAGCGUAGAGAAUCUGAGAAGACUCACCAGAUUAGGGUUUUUAGUUUUUACGGUUUUGUUGAUUGCAGAGGAAAAAGCUCUCUGCAAUGGCGGAUAACGACGGACCGGAUCAAUACGGUGUCGUUUUAUACUACAAGUACACUCCUAUUCCUGACGUCGACCAACUCUUCUCCUUCUACGAUUCUAACUGCAACUCACUCGGCCUUCUCGGCCGAGUCCGACUCGCUCCCGAUGGCGUCAACGUCACCAUUGGUGGGAAGCUAUCUUUAUUGGAGAAACACAUUGCUGCAGUGAAGUCAAAUAGCUUAUUCGAAGGGACCGACUUCAAGCUUGCGUCUUGCCACCACCCACUAAAUGACCAAGUUGCAAAAGAAUGUGGAUUCACUUCUCUCUCAAUUCGAGUUGUCAAGGAAUUGGUUACCUUUAGCCCUCAUCCUUUGUUGAAAUCGCCAGAAAUUUCAAAUGCCGGAACGCAUCUUUCUGCGGUUGAGUUCCAUUCUGUUCUUCAAAGUGCUGGACCACUGUUGGAGAAAGAGAAUCCAAGUAACCAUAAAAAACUUGUUCUGUUGGAUGCAAGGAAUUUGUAUGAGACAAGAAUUGGCAAGUUUAAAACUCCAAAUGUGGAAACUUUGGAUCCAGGAAUCAGGCAGUAUAGUGAUUUGCCCUCCUGGAUAGAUGAUAACUCUGAGCGAUUCCGUGGGAAUCGUGUCCUCAUGUAUUGUACCGGAGGAAUAAGGUGUGAGAUGGCGUCAGCCUAUAUUAGGUCAAAAGGAGCUGGCUUUGAAAAUGUAUUUCAGUUAUUUGGUGGAAUUCAACGUUAUUUGGAACAAUUUCCAGAUGGAGGUUUCUUCAAAGGAAAGAAUUUUGUUUUUGAUCACCGAAUUUCAGUUGGCAGCUCAGAUGCAAAUAUUAUGGGUGCCUGUCUUCUCUGUGGCUCGUCAUUUGAUGAUUACUCUUCACGCUGCCGAUGCAACCACUGUCGGAUGCUUGUUUUAGUUUGUGAUAGUUGUCAGAAGAAGGAUGCUUUAUAUGUCUGUGAGCUAUGCCAGAAACAUGGUAAGGGUUACGGGUCAAUUCCAUUGAUUGAAAAUGAUGAGUCACAAGUAAUAACUCAACCCAUCAAGCUCAAAACUGUUCCCUCUGAUGAUACCACACUCUCACCUCAAAUCCAUUCGAGACAUGGUUCCAAGCCUUCCAGAAAACUCAGAAUCUUGUGCUUGCACGGGUUUCGGCAGAAUGCCUCUGGUUUUAAAGGAAGAACUGCAUCAUUAGUGAAGAAACUCAAAAGCAUUGCUGAGCUUGUUUUUGUCGAUGCACCCCAUGAGUUGCCUUUCAUCUACCAACCUUGUUUACAAGAGCCAAAUUCCAAAGAUUUGUCAUCUUUAUCACAACAAAGCCCACCCCCAGCUAAUUGCAGGAAAAAGUUUGCGUGGUUAGUGUCACCUGAUUUCAGCGGAGCAAGUGAAUCCAAUUGGAAAAAGGCAGACGGUCAGUUCGAUCCUCUCCAGUACCAGCAGCAAACGGAUGGGUUUGAUGUAUCACUAGCUUAUUUGAAGACGGUAUUUUCUCAGGCAGGACCAUUUGAUGGGAUAAUGGGAUUUUCUCAAGGAGCAGCAAUGGCUGCUGCAGUCUCUGCAAGAAGAGGAAGACCAGGUGGUGAAAUGGAUUUCAGAUUUGUGAUUUUGUGCUCUGGGUUUGCUCUUAACUUACCAGAUUCGGUAGGGGGUUCGAUCAACUGCCCUUCGCUCCAUAUUUUCGGGAAUGAGCAGGGGAAUGACAGGCAGAUAGCCAACCAAGCCAGCAGGGACCUUGCUGCAUCAUUCGAAGAGGGCUGCUCUGUGAUCAUUGAACACGACUCUGGCCACAUGAUUCCAACUCGGUCUCCUUACAUUGAUGAAAUCAGAGAUUUUCUUCAUCGGUUUCUCUGAUAAUCCCAUUUCAGAAUUCCAGUAUUGUUCUUCAUCUUUGAAUCUCAAGGCUCAAGCCUCUGAGAUUCACCACCCCAAUGCUUUCCAUGAGACUACUACAACCUCUAGAUUUCUGGCUCACAUUCUUUGCUGCCUGAUGCCAUGAAUCACCCUUGUCUUGGUCUUGGCUCUGCAGUACAGUUGUUCUCCAGUUUGUCUUCCAAAACAGAACAAAAUUUUGAAAUAUUUGGAGUAUAAUCUCUCAUGAGGCCUUGUAAAAGUAUUUAUUUCUGGAAUUAUACUCUGCUUCUUUUUUUUUUUUCCAA